UUUUAACCCUAAAGAUGAUAACAACAACACACUAGUUUCUUAUUAUUACCAAAUUCACUUUUAACCCUAAAAUUCACUUUCAAACCCUAAACAUACAGUGACAUCACUUCAUCUUCACUCUCGAACCCAGCAGCCUUCAUCGCCAUCAUCGUUGAGCUUCCUUCGUCGUUCAUCGUUGAACCCAGCAGCCUUCACUCUCGAACACUAGUUUCAUAUAGCUUCCUUCCUCGUUCAUCGUCAUCUUCAUCACUGCCCUUCAUCUCACCUAGCCUUCAUCGCCUUCGUCUCACCCAGCCUUUAUCACCGUACCCAGAAAACCCUAACCUCCAUCAUGCCGCCAUCUAUCUCACCGUCGCCACCCUUCGAGCUCAAGAUCACAACCAGGUUCGUCCUUGAAUGCCAUUUCUCUUGCUGUUUUGCUUGUCGUCCCUCUCGCCGUUCUGCUCGGAAAGCUGCUCGCCUCUGUCUGGGUUCGCCACACCUCUCUUUGCUCUCUGUUUUUCUGUUUUUUUCUUUGUUAUCUCUCAGUCCGUUGCUUCUCCCUGUUACUCUCCGUUCGGUCUCCUUCGUUCCUUUUCAGCCUCAUCCAUGGGAGACUACAGCAAUGAUCCUCUCAUGCGCAACCAAAACGCUGCCGUUCAGGCCCGCACCAAAGCCCAGAACCGCGCCAACGUUCUUCAGCUCAAGCUGAUUGGACAGAGUCGCCCAACUGGUCUCACAGUGAAUAUAUUGAAUCGUUUUGAGCCUAGGCCUCCUUUAGAGUAUAAGCCUCCUCCGGAGAAAAGAAAAUGUCCACCAUUAACUGGGAUGGCACAAUUUGUGAGUAAGUUUGCAGAGCUUGCCGAUCCGGAAUAUGCUCCUCCUAAACCAGUAGUCGAGACUCCUGUUGACAUUAAUAAUUUGGAGGAGUAUAUAUCUUUAGUGGUUGAUGCAACUGUCAAGACUGGGAUCACACGUCAAAUGGAAGCAUUUAAAGCAGGAUUCAACCAGCUUUCGUCAACUGCAGCCAAUGCUUCGUCUAAUGAGAAUGGGCCUUUGGAAUCAGCAGAUAAUGACUUGCCAAGUGUGAUGACAUAUGCUAAUUACCUGAAUCUUCCACCUUAUUCUACCAAGGAAAUUAUGUCUAACAAGCUACUCUAUGCAAUCAAUGAGGGGGCAGGAAUCCUUUGAUUUAUCAUGAGUCUCAGGAACUAACCAAGCUAUCCCUGAAUAUUAAUAUGAUGAAUCAGGGCUUUUGAGGCUGAAUUAAUUUUUGGUUGCAUGUACUUCCCCUCUUCUCAUCUCAAAUAAUGGCAGUUGAAUCGGAUUGGCACAUUUUCAAGGUGUAAAGGGAUUCGCGGGGCUCAUUUUAGCUAUUAGUGUAUGUUGUAUUUUUCAACUAAUAAAUUUUAUUUCUUUUUGACAAA